CAGACCGCCGCUUCUGCGUGAGGAAGCACAAGGCACCAUGGUGAGUAAAGAGCCCAGCAAAUGCUUACUCACCGCCUCGGACAGCGACGUCGAGCCCGCGGCUUCCCUGGCGCUGGAGAUGAAAUACGCGCUGGAUCCCAACCGGCAGAUCAAGAAACGGAACAAAGCCCUGCAGGUGAGGUUCAAGGAUAUCUGCGAGGCCCAGAACGAGCAGAGGGACAAGCAGCUCUCCACGUCCUCCACGCAGGACCCCGACAAGAGGGAGGCCAAGGCCAUCUCCUACAAGACGGCCUAUCGCAAGUACAUGACGGUGCCCGCCCGCAGGUCCAUCCCCAAUGUCACCAAGAGCACAGGAGUCCAGACUUCCCCUGAUCUCAAAAAGUGCUACCAGACCUUCCCUCUGGACAGGAAGAAAGGGAAUAUUCUGAAAAGCGCCUCGACCGUGGACACGUUACCGAGCGAGAACAACGGGUUCCUGAUCGAGGUGAAGGACAGGGAGGGCCGGGGCCCGGGCGAGGCCGCGGCGUGGGGCAGGAAGGCCGGCAGCCUGCACACGGCCGAGUUCAUCUCCCACAUCUCCGAGCGCGCCGCGCACGACGACGGCGCCGAGGCCUGGAAAAGCAGCGAUUUGCACACUUCUCCCAAAGAGCCUCCUCCUCUGCCCAACUUGGCCGAGCCCGGCGUGGAGGAGCCGGCGCGGCCGCCCGGCCGGGGCAGAGCGGCGGCGGCGCGGUUGGGGAGCGACGAGGCCGCCCAGCCCCUCCACGGGAGGGUCUUCAAGACCGAGGUGGCCACGGUUUAUCUGCCGGCCUCGCAGCCCGACCUGCCCAGCCUGGGCGACUGGGGGCCGUGCCCCGAGGAGGACGACAAGAGGACGGUGCAGCUGAACGGGGUGCAGGCCCCGGCCGGAGAUGCGCGAGCGUGCGCGGCGCGGGCGCAGUGCCCGGCCCCCGAAUGUAGUGACCAGAGCCUGCAGGUCAACGUGGUGCCCGUGGAGGAGAGCCAGCCCUGCCGGACGGCCGUGGCCGUGAGCCAGGAAUGCCAACAAAUCGUGCCUCACACCGAAGUUGUGGACUUGAAAGCGCAGCUUCAGAUGAUGGAGAACCUGAUCAGCUCUAGUCAGGAGACCAUCAAAGUGUUGUUGGGUGUUAUACAGGAGCUAGAGAAGGGAGAAGCUCACAGGGAAGGGCUUUCCUAUCGGACCGGUCAGGACACGGCCAAUUGUGACACAUGCAGGAACAGUGCAUGUAUUAUCUACAGCGUGGAAUUGGAUUUUAAACAGCAAGAAGAUAAACUACAGCCAGUUUUGAGAAAACUUCAUCCUAUUGAGGAAACUCAGGUUGCACCUUUGCCUUAUUCUCAGGAGAGCUACUCCUCUACUCCCAAGCAAAAAUCCAAAACUGAAUCAAAAAAGCACGGAAGAUGGAAACUCUGGUUCCUUUAACCCAAGUCCAUGACGUGUGGAGUUCAAGGCCUUCUUUGACAAAUCUUUGGAGCUCUGUCCAUCAUCUCUGACGGGAUUUGGUGGAAGGAGGAGUGUCCUGGCCAAGGGCAGCGUGCAGCUCUCACCGUGGCUACCCAAAGGCCAUUGUAGCGAUGGACUCGUGCCCAGGAGCCCGGGCUUGGGGAAAACCAACCCCCCCUGCCCACUUCCACCUGCAGUUUGCCAAUGUGGGAUGUAAAACCUCCACGGGAAUUGGGACAAAGAUGGGAAGUGAAACUGUUGCCACCCCCCACCCCUCGGCGGAUGCGAAAGCUCCGACCUGUUCAACCGGGAACGCUCCCGGCCCGCUGGGGGGGCUGGGUUGUUGUCUCUGGACAACAAGGAGGGGGAAGAACAACGAGCAAGCCUUAUGUUGGCAGUGGUGUUGAGUUUUACAGCUCCAUGUUGAUCGGGGAGUGCAGUUUUCAGCACAGAAUUCCUGGACAAAGCACAA